UUAUAAAACGGACAUCAUUUGUAUUGGUGGCAUAGCAAAUUUUGAUCUGCGUUUUCUUUACCACUUUCUCUUCAUGGCUGUGUUCAGUGCAGUGCUGCUUCUUGGGCUGUUAAUGGCUUCCUCAAACAUUGCAGAUGCACAACAAAUUGGUGUUUGCUAUGGAAUGCUAGGAAACAACUUACCAUCCAAAAAUGAAGUUGUGGAGCUCUAUAAAAUAAACAACAUACAGAGAAUGAGACUCUAUGAUCCUAACAGAGAAGCUCUCCAGGCUCUUAAUGGCUCCAACAUCGAACUCAUGGUGGGCAUCCCAAACGAACAACUUCAACUCAUGGCAUCCUCCGACCCCACUGCUGCAUAUUCCUGGGUCUUUGAACAUGUGUUUCUCAACAGAGAUGAUGUUAAAUUCAAGUACAUCGUCGUUGGAAAUGAAGUCAGUUUUGCCGAAUUCAAAUACAUCCUCCCUGCCAUGAGAAACAUUUACAGUGCACUUGAAUUAGCUGACUUACAAAACCAAAUCAAGGUGUCAACUGCAGUUUUCUCUGGGCACAUUUCUGAAACCUACCCACCUCGGAAUUCCGUGUUCAAUUCUCAAAUUCGGCCAUUCAUGCGGGAAAUCGUUGCCUUCUUGCUCGAGAAACAAGCACCACUGCUUGCUAAUGUGUAUCCCUUCUUCGCUUAUCUGAGCAAUCAAGMUCAGAUWCCGUCUGAAUACGUCUUCUUUACAUCCCCAACAGUGAAUGAAAUCGGAUACCAGAACCUUUUCGAUGCCAUGCUUGAUGGUUUCUAUUAUKCUCUUGARAAGGAGGGAGGGUCCUCUUUGGAGAUUGUUGUAUCUGAAACUGGUUGGCCAAACGCAGGUGACUCCAUAUCAACCACAGAAAAUGCACAGAAGUACUACUCCAACCUGAUUCGGCAUGUGAACUCAGGAAAGGGUACUCCCAAAAGGCCUGGAAAGCCUAUUGAAACAUACCUGUUUGCAAUGUUUGAUGAGAACCAGAAGCUUGGAGAUGAGAGGGAGAAACACUUUGGGCUUUUUUCUCCAAAUAAAAAGCCUAAGUAUCAAAUCAGUUUUCCAUAGAGUAGAGUGACUGCAGAAGAAUGUGACAAGGGGUCCUGAUCUAAUGUAUCAUCUUAAAUAAGGGUUACUACUUGAAUUCUUGUGCUUGUAUCGAUAUCCCCGUACUGAAGUCCAGUAAAACUUGUAAUUUGUCUUGGACGGUGGUUUGAAUUUCUCCAUUAAUGAAUUGGA